AUGAUCCAACUUUUACUUUCAUUAAUAAUUUUCAAUUCACUCACUUUUGCUGCUCCAAUAAUAACUCAAACUGUAAUUGUCACAGCUCCAAUCAAAAUUGUUACUAUUACAAUAGGUCAAACUGAGGUUUUAGAUGCUACUACUAUAAAUUCUAAACCAAUAGAGACAAAUACUGCAACUCACACUUUACAAUUUGCAACAGAAUCAACAUCAUCAAUUUUUAAUCAAGAAUCUUCAAGUUCAUAUAUAUCCCAAAUCCCUAGUUCAUUAUCACAAAUUAGCUCAACACCUACUACAACCUUAAGUCCAAGUUCAUUCAUUACUUCAACUACAACAGAUACAUCUACAUCAUCAGAAUCAUUUCCACAACCAUCCGUUAGUACCAUCAACCAAAUAUCAAAUUCUAAUCCAAUUCUUUCAAAAGCUGUCUCCUCAACUCCUCAAUCUGGGUAUGCUUAUAUGUCUACAAUAAACAAAAUUUGGCAAAGAUUUUGGCAAAAAGGUAACUGGAAUCAAAAUGAUGGUAUUUGUGAAGGAACAUCAUUUGUCACUCCACCAGUUUGGAGUUUAGCAGUAUUAGGUAAAGCUAUCACAAAUACUGGUGAUUCAAGUGGUACUAAUACCAUUAUAUCGAGUAUAUUAAAAUAUUUUGAUGAAUCAACAGGUGCAUUUUUUGAUUAUCCAAAUUCUGGUAAAAUUUAUACUGAUGAUAAUGCUCAAUUAAUGUGGGUUUUCACUGAUGCUUAUAAAAUCACUAAUAAUCAAGAAUAUUUGAAAUAUGCUGAGAACAUAUUAAAUUAUUUGAGAACACAGAAUUUCAACAAUAAAGGUGGUAUACUUUGGACAACCAAUGGUAAUUAUAUUGCCUCAAUAUCAACAGUUGAAACUGCUCUAGCUGCUAUUAGAUUGUAUGAAGUCAAUGGUGACGAAUCUUUAAUUGAUACAGCUAGGGAAUGUAUGGAUUUCAUGUUUGACUAUUUUCAAGAUCCCAAUGAUAAAUUAUUUUAUGAUGGUUUGGAUAAGACUGCUUUUGAUUCAGUAAAUAAAGGAAAAUUAACAUAUACAGUUGGAUGUGCUAUUAGCACAUUAUCAAAAUUGUACCAUUUAAAGAAUGACAAUGAAGCUUUAUCAAGGGCAAUAGAAUUAGCUAAUGCUGCAACAAAAAUUGAUGGUGCUUUUUAUACUGUUGAAAAAGUUUGGAAUAAUAGUUUGAAAUAUUCACAUCUGUUAUUUGCAGGAUUUGGUGAUGCUUUUAAAUCUAGUUCAGAAUUUGACCAAUUCAAACCAGAAGUUAUAAGACAAGCAAAUUAUAUAUAUGAAUUUUUGAAUGAUCCUCAUGAUCAAAAUCUUUACUUUGAUGCUGCCAAUGAUGGAACCACAACUGUAUAUAAUAAAUAUGCCCUGGUUUUUGGGGUUAGCUCAGACUAUACACCAAGCAAUAGUAUUUUUUGCAAUAAUAAUUCAGGUGGACCUACAAGUAAAGAUUUUUUGAUCAAUGCAAGUGCAGCUCAAAUUUUAUAUCAUUUGGCUAAUUAUUAG